AUGGUUCACCACAGACAGAUGUAUACAGCAAGCUGGAGGCCGUGCCCUAUCCCUGCGUAUGAGCUCGUCGCCGCCAUCCGGCUGAAGCAGCUCUGCCGCGCGGCCGACGCCGACCUCUCCGUCUGCGUCCUCGAGAAGGGAGCCGAAGUCGGUGCUCAUGUACUGUCAGGGAAUGUGUUUGAGCCCCGUGUGUUGGAUGAGCUCAUCCCGGAGUGGAGGCAAGAGGAUGCCCCAAUCAGAGUCCAUGUCUCAUCUGACAAGUUCUGGAUGUUAACAAAGAACAAGGCAUGGACACUUCCAUCUCCUUUUGAUAACAAAGGGAACUAUGCAAUAAGCUUGAGCCAAUUGGUAAGAUGGAUGUCCGUAAAGGCUGAAGAAUUAGGUGUUGAAGUGUAUCCAGGGUUUGCUGCGAGUGAGUCACAGGCGUUGCAACCAAUGAUGUUGGUAUUGCUAAAGAUGGUAGUAAACGGGAAACUUUUCAACCGGGUGUGGAACUAAGAGGCGAGUAACCUUCUUCACUUGGUGGUUCACAUAAAAAUACAUGUUAAUAAUAUGUUGCAUAUUUUCCUUCUGAAUUGUUUUAGAGGUAGACAAUACUUA